AUGGAAUACUCCCACGAUGACGACCCCUGGGAGGCACGCUUGACGCCGACGCCGACACCUGAGUCGCUGACGCCGACGCCCGAGACGCUGACCCCCGAGGGCAGAAGCCCCUCCCUCGAUCAAGACCCCAAGUACCACUCGCCUGGAGACACGAGUGAGGUGAGCUUUGCUUCGCGCAGUACUUGGUAUGCUCCGUCCCGCUUCCUCUCGCCUCUGCAGCCCAACUCUAGCCUCGAGACCAAUGGGCUCGAGGAUGUUCAGCUUCCUUCCUUCAUUACGCCCACCCUACAAGAGUCUGGCAGGUGGACGUCGCAGAACUGGCGGUCGUUCAAUCCCCCGUGGAGCCAACUUGGUCUGCCUGGCACUACCCCCGAUUCCUCGGGCUCGGUCCACGCAGCCAUGGCUCUCACGCCCAGCAUUGGCAACCAUAUAAUUCAUCAAAUGAUCUCACCUCCCCAGGCCACUUCCAACCCGCAAUUCUACCCUAGCCUGCCGCAUCGUCCUGACAGACACGCAUAUGGUCACCACGAUCGUGGCCGUCGUUCGCAUCACGUCGGCCCCCUUUUCCACGACCGUCCGAUGUACUGGCACUAUAAGCCCUGGUCUCCCCGCGCAUACCGCAGACGUCCUCUCGAGCAGCGGAUCACUGACAGCUACCGCCCCGCCACCCUCUCGCGCGACGAGCGCACCGCUCUCAUCGGCCCGCUCCCUUCGACCCUCAGUCGGGACGACCUCACCUCCUUCCUCCUGCACCACGUCGGGGUGAUUGAGCACCUCUCGGUUAAGAACACUGUCGCCAAGGUCGUGUUCCAGCGCGCCAAUGCGAAGAUUGCCCGCCGCAAGCUUCACGAUGUCCUGAUCGACAGCCGCUGGCCCAUUAGUGUCGUCCUGCCCGAGCUGGAGGAUGAUCGUGUCCACUUCUAG